GCUCAGCGCCGCGCGCGCCGUGCGUGGGCGGCGGGGCGGCCCCGGGCCUCGUCGCCGGAGCCAUGGCCAGGCUGCCCUCGGGCACCUGUGCAGACGGCUGCAUCACCGGGUGCCUGAGGCUCCGCAAGCGCGCGCGUCGUCCCUGCUGCGGCUCCCUUGAGUCCGAGCUCCUGGGCAAGGGCUGGACUCCCGUCGAACUGCUUCCGAUCCUGGAGACUGGCGCCAUGCUCACCAUUCCAUCCAUUUCAGGCCGGCCGGCCAUUUGCACCGCGACUGUGUACAGGAUCGACGAGGGCACGUCCGGCCCGCCGUCGGAGUACCUGCGCCGGCGCGUGGCCGAGGUCGUCAGAGCCAACCCCUGGCUUGCGGGGCGGCUGGCGACGAACGUGGGCGCCCGAGGCUGCGAGCCUCAGGCGGCCCUGUGGGUGCCGCCGCCCCACUCUGCUGGCGACUGCUUCUUCGAGCAGCGCGACGCCUUCGGCCUCGACGCCGCGAUGCCGUGCAGCGAGAUGGCCGCACAGAUCGUGCGGUCGGCGGCUGCGCUGAAGUCGGGCCUGGAGAGCAUCGACCGCGACCAGCCGCUCUUCCGCGUGACGCUCGCGGCGCUGGGCGCGACGCACUUCGUGGUGGUGGUGGCCAUGUGCCACGCCAUCGGGGACGGGCACACGUUCUACAGCAUCUACGGCAUGCUCGGCGAGUCCUCCCAGGUGCUCCCGAUGACAGUGCGCAGGGAGCCCGGCUUCGUGAGCGCCGCGGCGGCGGCGGUGGGCGAGCAGCACUUCUCGUGGCUCGCGCGCCUCCCCGCGGUCGUCGGGGCCCUGUGCAUGCUGUGCAGGUGGGGCCCGGAGGCGCCCGCCAUGCGCUCCGUGUGCCCCGAGUGGGUCCGCCAGCGCAAGGCUCGGCACGCUCAGAGUGGGGACGGGAAGGUAGGCGCGGUGCCAGGCGGCAGACGUUGUCCAGAAUCCGACAGCGGCCGCCGUGGGGCGCGCGAGAUUAGCUGUCUCCAGCGGACGGCACCCGCGGUGACAUCGACGGCGAGCCCUGCCCAAAACGGGCCAGAGCUGCUGACGGCCUUGGAUGGCCAAGUCUAGUUCCCUGGUUCUAGGGGACGAGUAUCU